CCCUGGUGUAAACAACAGCAGCAGCUAGCGGUCCAAUCAUCACUUCAGUUUAUCUGUAAAUAAACGUGUUUACGUUUAAAACGCAGCGUUCCACACAGUGGACGUUUCUACAGCUUCAGUGUUAACUACGGAUCUCAUAUAGGAGACUCUAUAUUCUUCAUGAACAGCCGUUAUUUACCGGUUAUCCGUUAUUCUGUAGCCAUUAACCCUGUGAAGCGAUGGAGUACCUGCCGCAGCUUCCUCCUGAAGUCUGGGUCACCGUGUUCAGCUACCUGAGCACGAAGGAGAAGCACACGGUCUGAGCCUGCUGCAGGCACCUGAAGCGGCUGAUCGACCACCCGUCGCUGUGGAGGGACUACACGGUGGUGCUGUCCGACCUGCAGCGCUACACAUGCGGCUUCUGGGACACACUCAACCACCGCAAACUCACCCGGGUGACGGUGCGACACCUGCGGUGCGAAGAGUGGCAGCGGCUCGUCAAGUUCCUGCCGUCCCUCACCACCGUGGUGUUCGUGGACGGAGGACGGAUCUACAAGGAGAAGUACCUGGACAACCUGGCCCGGUUCCCGGAGCUCAGAAACCUGGGAGUGCGGAACGCGACGUGGGACGAGGCGAUGCUCGGCCGGAGUCUGAGUCUGCAGCUGAAGGAGCGGAUGACUCACCUGAGCGUGUGCAACGUGCAGCUGCCGUGCACGGUGGACUUCAUCAACACGGUGGCUCACCUGGUGAACCUGCGCUACCUGCUGUUCCACCAGCAGGAUGAGGGCUACGGGCUGGACACCGUGAGGCCGGUUCCCUGCGGAGUCUUCCACAACCUGCUGCUGAGCCUCAGGAAGCUCCAGCACCUGUCCUGGGGGAUGUGGGGGGAGCCGCCGGAACCGCUACCUGAUGACUACCUGAGUCCCUCGGACCCGGAGCACCCAGGAGCGGCCCGGUACGGCGGCCCGGCGCUGACCAGUCUGGAGCUGGUGGAUUACUCAGAAACCAUCCUGCCAGGGAACGCACUGAGGAGCCUGACCUCGCUGAGGUCGCUGACGGUCCGCUACAGGUACAUCAGAGAGGGCAUCGGGUGCUGCCUCACGUCCUGGCUGAGCCCCCUCCAACAGCUGGAGUCACUCACCAUCAUCGGCGGUAACUCUCUCGCUGCCUAUACGACCACCAUCCCGUCCAGUGUGACCAGGCUGACGCUGCAUGUGGCCAUAACCCUGAAAGACACGGACUCCAUCGCUCCUAAAGUCCCGGGACUGGAGCACCUGGACAUCGAGCAGAACCGCACCACCGGCAGCCUCUGCAGACACAUCCCCAUGCUGUUUCCUCAGCUCAGGAUGCUCCGGAUACGGUGAGCCAGACAGGAAACCAGCUCACGUUUUUAGACUGGAACCACUCACUUGUUCUUAUCUGGAUAAUGUUCUCAUGUCUUAUGAACCACAUGCAGUUCUUGUUAUUUAGUGUCAACAGAGCUCAAACAACAUCAUUCUUAUCUGGGUAAACUGCAAAGGAAACUAUCCUCUCCUCAUUUCUGUAAAGAAAUCUGAUAUGUUAAUUUCAUGCUGUGUUCGUGCUGUAGU